AUGACCCGCUCCUUCUGGUCCCGUUUCUGGAAAUUCCCUCUGUUUAGUUUUCUGGCAAGGGUGCUCUUUGUUAGUCUGGCAACUGAGCCGGUUCGUGAUGGUCCUGGGAAUGUCGACCGGGGAGUGGUCUCCGGCUCUAAUGAUCCCAGUUCCCAGGAAGAGGAUGAGAACCAGGGUCAGAGUCAGGGUCAAGAUAUAAAUUGCAACACUAGCUCCCAAAACUCGGAACAAAGCUCCUCUCCAACCCCAUCUCAAAAAACAACCGCAACCCCCUCUCCCAGCGUCAAAACAGACUGCAUAGCACCAGACUGCGUCGCCUGCCGAGCCGAACAAGCAGGAAACACCAAGCAAGGCCCUCAGCGCUGGAAAUACCACCGCGCCUUCAUCAACAAGGAGACUGGUUACGGACUCAUCGCGAAGGAGUUUAUUCCCGCAGGUAGUAUUAUUUACGCGGAUCAGUUGGUUCAUCUUACGGAGAGAGAAGAGGGCAAAUAUUCGACCGGGAAUGGUGAUGUUGAUGCGUUGUUAGAGGCAAAAGUUACUGCCAUGGGAUCGGACUGGAAAACCGCCCAUUUAAGCAUGCCCAAACCCAAUGACCACAAAGAACCAGGAACUGGCCCCUACACUAGUAUUUGGAACCGCUACCACAUCCCCGUCACCUGGAACGGUGUAUCUGGCGGCAUUUUGGGCCUAAAUCUCUCCUUCACAAACCACUCGUGUUUCCCCAACGCUUCCUUGACCCUAGUCAACAAGUAUCGCUCCGACAGCGGCCGGCGCUACAAAAAACCUAGACUAGCUGGUGCAGUCGUCCGCAGCUUCACGGAUAUACACAAGGGCCAGGAGAUUACGAUUUCAUAUUUCUAUGCCAAGGGCGAGGUUGAGUAUCGUCGACUCUAUGCGUUGGAUCUGCUAGGGUUCCGGUGUUCCUGUCGAUGUUGCUUGUAUCCGAAGGCCGAGGUCGAGGAUGCAUUGGGAACGUAUUAUCGUCUCGAGCAUGUCCUCAACAACCCCCGACUAAUCACUAAAAAGCCAGCCGCUGCCUACCAAGCCGCCUGUUGCAUCACUGAUAAACUAACCGACUGUGGAAUCGCAGAUACCCGUCUCGCGUUAAUCUGGGCGAAAUGCGCUCUCAUCGCAGGCUAUCACUCUGAUAUCGCGCGAAUCCGCUGCUUCCUGCUCAUGAUUCUCAAACUCACUGAAGUCCUGCAGGGUCCGACGGGUCAUCUUUUUCAUCGUGCGAUUAAGUGGUUUGAGUGUAUGCCUGCGAUGCCGGGAUUUGGAAUUUCAAGUAGGGGUCUGAGCGUGAUGAAACAGGCGGAUGUGUUCUUGGAACAUAGGACUGAGGCGCAGCCAUAUUUAUUUAUGGUUGGAGCUGAGAAGGGGGAGUAUGUGCGGGUGGGGAGGUAUUUGAGGGUGCCUGAUGAGGAGAGGGCGAAGCAUGGGCAUCGCUUUGAGGUUGUUCCUGAUACUGUACCCGUCCCAGCUUCCAAGAAGAGGCGCAGGAAGAAGAAGAAUUUGAAGACUGAGAAGGAAAGCGAGAAAUGCAUCGAUCCCGAGAAAGACUUUCUCUCACUCUGGCUCGGCGUGGUGAACAGUUUCGUCGACCAGUACGCCGUCAAGCAGGAGUAUACCGCUUCGAAGGGCAAAUCCCGGAUGUCAUCUCCUUCAAGAAACCAGCAGUGCUCCAAUGGGACAUGCAGUGGCUGCGGCGGCGGCGGACAGCUGCUGCAGGUGGUUUAUUCAGGAUGUUUGUGCGAGGAAGAAGGUGGAGUGGAAGCGGACGGAGGUGGAUGA